AUUGUUCAAACCAUUAGGAAUGUGUGUUUUUAUUUUUGUGUCAGAUAUUUAAUUUCGUCGUAUGAAAACUACAGAAGAGACUAAAAUGAAGCAAGUGUCGAUAUAAAAUGGAAAAUAUAUGUACUGAGGAGUUCUUUUAAAGAAAUAUAACACUAGCAGCUUGAUAAUGGCACUGGAAGCGGUAAAGGUUGCUGUGCGGGUCAGGCCUUUUAAUCAGAGAGAGAUAGACAGACAGGCAAAAUGUGUGAUCAAAAUGGAUGGACAGAUGACCAUGAUCUACAAUCCAGAUGCUCCAAAUGAAGACCCAAAGAAAUUUUCAUUUGAUUAUUCAUACUGGUCACAUGAUGGGUUCCGUAUGACACCUGAUGGAAGCGCGGAGCCAGUCAGAGGAAGUACAUACGCUUGUCAGCGGACAGUUUUUGACGACCUCGGCCAGGGGGUCCUGAACAAUGCUUUUGAAGGUUACAAUUGUUCCUUGUUCGCCUAUGGACAGACCGGUUCUGGAAAGUCCUACUCUGUUGUGGGAUAUGGAGUUAACAGGGGUAUUAUUCCAAUCACUUGCGAUGAGUUGUUUAAAACCAUGUCAACAAACAAUGACCCAAAUAAACGUUACGAGGUCCUGUUUUCCAUGCUGGAAAUCUACAAUGAACAAGUGCGUGAUCUGCUUUCAAAGGACAACCCUAAGGGCGGCCUUAAUGUUCGACAAAACCCCAAACUGGGCAUGUUUUAUGUGGAGGGUCUGAAAAAGGUUCCUGUGGGAAGCUACUCAGAGAUUGAAAAAAGAAUGGAGCAAGGCACCCAGUCUCGAACAGUGGCAUCAACAAACAUGAACGCCACCAGCAGUAGAGCUCACACAGUAGUCACCAUAGUUUUCGACCAGAUUAUCAAGACAAACAACGGCGAAACCAAGAAGAGUUCAACGAUGAACUUGGUGGACUUGGCUGGGUCGGAGAGAGCUGACAGCACAGGAGCUACUGGGGACAGAUUGAAAGAAGGGGCUAACAUCAACAAGUCCCUCUCAGCCCUGGGAAAUGUCAUCUCAGCUCUAGCUGACCUGUCCAUGGGCAAGAAGAAAGUCAUGGUGCCCUAUCGAGACUCCAUCCUUACUAAACUACUACAGAACGCUCUUGGUGGGAACAGUAAAACCAUUAUGAUUGCCGCUUUGUCGCCAGCCGAUAUAAAUUAUGACGAGACACUGAGUACCUUGCGUUAUGCAGAUCGAGCAAAGAAAAUUCAGAAUAAGGCGGUCAUCAAUGAAAAUCCUCUUGACAAAUUGAUCAGAGAACUGAAGGAGGAGAAUGAUCGUCUCCGUAGGGCCAUGGAAGGGGGUGGCAUGACUUUCAAGCAGGAGGCCGGCAUGUCACCAGAAGAUAUAGAUCGCAUGCGUCGCCAGAUGGAAGAAGAGAUUAGAGCCCAGUUGCUGGCCAAUCAACAGUUGUUAGAGGAAUCAGAAAACACACAGACUUGGGACCAGAAGUUGGCGGCUGCCCAACAAGAGACAGACGCUUUGGAUGAGGGGUCCAAAAUGGACCGCCGCAAGAUGGACAUUCACCUCAUCAAUCUUAAUGAAGAUCCCAUGCUGUCUGGUGUCAUUGUUCACUUUGUCAAGGACGGGCAGACAACCAUUGGCCGAAAUGAUGCAGAACAUGCGCAGAGUAUUUGCCUCAGUGGUCUAAGUAUCCAGAAGGAGCAUGCAGUGUUGAUGUGCAAGAACAACAUAGUAGAGAUAGAGCCAGUGUCGGGAAGUGGAUCCAAGACCAAGGUCAACGGCGUGCCCUUGACUACCAAGAAGAAACUUGUGCACAAGGACAGGCUGCUGUUUGGCUCCAACCACCUGUACGUGUUUAUGAACCCCAAGAAGACUGAGGUGACUGAAGAUCUUCCAGCAGAGAUCACGUGGGAGUUUGCACAGAAGGAGAUUGCUCAGGUGAAAGGGUUCGCCACUGCCAUGGGAGCUGGCAUGUCAAAAGAUCAGCAGAUUGCUCAAGAGCAGGUGCUGGAAAUUCUGCCUAUGGUGUCUGAGGUUAACGCAAUUUCAGAGGAACUGAACAAACAUAAAUCGUUUGAGGUUGUGCUCAUAUCUGCCGCCGCUCAAGAAGCCGCGUACGGCACUACAACUAGCACCUCAGUUACAGUAAAAAUGAAGAACUUACUGAAUGAAAACACCUGGCUCUGGGAGAGGGGCAAGUUUAUGAACAGACGCUACUUGAUACAGGACCUGUAUCAGAAGUUCUUAGACGGGGACGACAUAUCCAAGAUCCCCAAGGAGGAAGACCCAUUCUGGGAGCCCACAGAGGACGUCAUGAUUGGCUCGGCUAACGUGUUCCUCCAGUCGCUCUCGUAUGCGCUCGACUUUGAGGACAAGAUCAUGGUCACGGACUACAAGGGUCAGGAAGAGGGCUUCAUUGUCAUACACGUGGCCCCCUGCCAGAAGGACGGCAAGCCUCUGGAGGAGGAGGCUUUUGUGGACAACCCUAAGGAGCUACUUGGAAAACCCUACCAUUUUAAGGUGACAGUCAAACACGGGGAAAUCUUCAAGUCCCGGUUUCUGAAAGGAAUACAAGUGAAAUACAGAGUGUACAAAGAUAAAGAUCUAACCGAAACAAAACUGAUGAAAAAUACCCUAAAACCAGAGUUUAAGCAUUCAAAGAUGUUUUCUUUCAACAAAAUCACAAAGGAACAUUUGGAGUUUUUCGAGGGGGGAUGUAUAACGUUCAUGGUAUAUGGCACACAGGAAGAUACAGUUCCAGAUCCCAAGCUUCUGAACUACACAACUCGAGAGUUACGCCAGAUGGAGCUAGGACAGGGUCCUGCCCACGCAGGUGUCACACGUCGUAACACUCACUUCGCCCUGGAGACAGCCUCCGACCAAUCACAUCUCAAGACUGAGGUCCUGUUGCUACAGAGAAAGUACGAGAGGCUAGCGGCGAAAGAACGCCGCAUGCAGGAUAUCUGCAAGGAAUGGGAGAGCAAGCCAGCCAGUGAAAAGCAGUUUGAGCCGUUUUAUAGGGCAGUCUCGGCGGUAGCUCAUAGUUCUGGUACUCGGCUUAAAACUCGAGUGGUUCUUCUGAACCAGAUCAUGAAAGCUGAGAAAUAUCUACAAGAAAGAAGAGCUAGUCAGCCUAUAAACGCUGAUGCUAAUGACAUCAGUAAUAAAAAGCAUAAGAAUACAAAUGUUGAGGAUGACGUGAUAAGCAUCUAUGCCUUUGGUGAGGAGGAAGACGAUCUAUGUAAUGAGGCCGAACAAAAUGGCGGAAUGAUUACAUACGAGAAAGUCAAGCAUCUGCAUCACAAAGAUCUUCAACUUACGCGAUCCAAAUCCUUUAUGGAUGUAAGACUAUCAAGUGUAUGGAACCCUCACAGCUUUUGCUUUGAUAUCUUGUUUGCACAUGUUGGAUUUUAACCUGUUCCCGUUUCUUUACAAUUGCAAUGUUUUGUAUAGCCUGUAUGUUUGAAAUGGAUUGGUUCUCUUUUUCAGUUUACCUUUGUUCAAUAUCUAUUUUAAACCUUUUGUUCCGUUUGUGUGUUCCCAGCAUGGCUUGUUUGCAGGGGGCUGCAAGUUUUACACCACUGUCUACAUGCAUUCUGGUAGUAUUUUGUCUUAAGAUCUUGCACAAACCAUAUUAGUCCUUGUUUGAAUGUUCGGAUUUAUUUUUGUUUUGUUUUGCGCCAUUAUUUAGUGUUGCCAGUAAAAGGAAUUUUAAGGAAAUAAACCACUCCCUGAGACCGGGAUAACAAAAGCUUUUUAAAGAUGAAAAAAUAAAUUAUUUUUUAGACAAAUAACCAACACUGUAUAACAACAUUUUCAAUGUAGUCACUUUCCCAAUCACAUCAUUAAAAAGAUUUCAGCAGCGUUUCUCUCACAGGUAUCAAACCAUACAGCACACAAUACUCUAUUUCGUUAGUCACAGGGCUUUUACACCUGUCAAAACUACAGCAAAACUUCUGAUAAGCUUACCGGUAUAUUUCCUUACCAACCUGCUACUUUUGUUACAGGUUUUAACCUUUGAUGCUAUUGAAAUCGAAUCAAUAUUAUGUGACUAAUUAAAAUUCAAACAUUUUAAUCUACAAGUA